UGUUACAAGUUCAUGCUCGUAGAUUGGUCCAAACGAGCCAGGAAGCUCAUGGACCGCCAAAACUAGUCUCAAAAGGAUAAAACUAGGGGAGGGCGGGGAAAGGGGAAAAAAUGUUAAUGCACGCUCGCCCGAUUGUGCAUCCUUCACGGAAAGUCCUUCCUACAGUACUCUCUGUACUUACCUAGCUUGCUCUACCUGUUAGUAGUUGCAUUUCCACUCACUUUGUGGAGACGGCUGGCAGGCUUUGCUCCGAACAUGUGUGCAUGCCGCGGCACGCAACUCUAGCCCCUUAGUUUAAGCCAUUUAAGGUACUUGAUGUAAGAAGCGACUUCAGUGCUGAGGAAACCUUGGCUGACGCCUUCAGUCCCUACAGAACUGACGUGAAUUCUGCGGGGAGCUCAGUUCGUCGUCCGCUCGCCGGUCGUUGAUCUCAACGGCGUGCAAUUGCUUUCAGUUCCAGUAAUCAAGCAUAAUGGGCAACGAAGGCAGCAAACUGGACGGUGGGGAGGAACCUCAGCAGCGCAUUGUCCUUGAAGUGCCAGGGAAUGGCACGCACCCUGAGCGCAGCAGCCGGCAAUCUUCCUCCGGCGGGCCGCCCAAAAGCACGGGCGCGGAGCGGCCCUCCACCACAACGCCGUCCUCCAAACAAUGGAUGCGGCCGUCCCAGGCGCGCGCCGCCGCAGCCACAGAGGCACGCCACGCCGCCUCCCGCUCUGUGCCGUCCUCGGCCCGGCCCAAGCGACCCUCCAGCAGCUCCAGCGGCCUUGAGCCGCCGGCGGUGCCGCCAGAGGUGGCGGCGGCGGUGGCGGCGGAGUCGGCCUUCCAAACCAAACUGGAGAACAGCAAGAAGGAGCUGGUGAAGAAGCUGGCGGUGCAGAUCAAGAGCAUAAACGUAAAGGACCCCGCCGCGCUGCACCCCUCCCGGCCGGCAGUGGGCAAGGGCUCCGCGCUCAAGGGCGGCGACGGCAAGCCCAGCUGGCUGUCCAAGCUGACCAAGACCAAGGCGGCGGCGCUGGAGGCGGUCAAGGACAAGCUGGCCAGCGGCAGGUACCUGGAGCCCAUGAGCCAGGAGCAGGUGGGCGGGCGUGUGGAGGACAGCCUGGGCGGCAGCCUGGAGCCCUUCGGCAACUUCCAGGGGGCGCUGCACGACAUCAUGGAGGCCGGUGUGACGGACGAUGUGUUGGACCAGUUCUUCUUUGACGAGGAGGAGGAGCGUGUGCUGCCCACCUAUCAGAAGUGGCAGAUCAUCCGGCACGCCGCCGAGCAGGUGCUGGCUGUGUACGCCAACCGCUCCAACAGCCAGUGGAUAGAGGACGAGAGCUGGGCGGCGCCCAACGUGGUCAACACCACUGCAGCCUCAGCGUCCAUGUACGCCAACGCUGUGGACGCGGCCAUCACGCAGGGCAACAUCGCGCUCAUGUUCAUUGACGACGGCCGACUGGCGGAGAUGGGCGGAGACGAGGGCAAGCGGCCCCGGCAAUAAAUGUCCCCCCCCGGGGGGGGCCAAGCCAGGGGGAAGGGGUUUUUUGUAAAUUUUACCCCAA